CUUUCACAAAUUGGAAGGCCUGCAGCUGUUCGAUUGAUCAAUCCCGAGUUACCACUCGACUAACAUCCAGCACUCACCCUUACAGCAAUUAUGGCUCCGCCGCGCACUGCCAAGACCAGUCUCACAAGCAACCGUCAAUCUCGGAAGCGUGUCGUCGAAGAAGUAGAAGAGACUGAGGCCCGUGACGAUACUGACGUACUGGAUGUGGACGACGAAGCAGGAGAUGAAGAGCCCCAAGAGUCGCAGGACACAUCGGAAAGGCUGGAUCAGAUGAUGGCGAAGAUAGUCAAUGAUCAACGCACGCGCCACAAGGUCGAUAAACACGUUGUCGGCAAGUCCUACAAUACUGCCUGCACGACGCUUCAGACCUCCAUCAAUGCCCUCUUCGAUGACCAUGAAGACAAAGCGUCCUCGGCAUACCAAGUUCAGGUCAAGCGUCUCAAACAUCUGCUGGACGAGAAAACAAGACUCGAAGUUGCCAUGGCAGACAAGCUCAAGCAGCUGCAAGCUGGGUACGACGCUCAUUCUCGCGAUCUUGAGUUGGUCGUGAACCGCAGGAUCAAAGAGAUGAAUCACGCGGAAGGUAUCUAGGAUGAGUUAUACCACAAAGCCGGGUUUGUAUAUUUAAAAAAAAUCACGACAUGCGCUGAUGCGUAAAGUAUCUAAUGUUGUAGCAUCAGACAACUGUUCGGUAUGGCGAUGGACGUCGAAAAAAGACGUCACAAAAGAUCAUAAAGCUUGAAGCACGAGGUUCGAU